AUGCGACGGACGAGGGGCGAGGAUCUGCAGGAUGGCGAUGGCCAGGAGGAGGAGCACCGCCGCGGCGACGAUGUUGGGCGACGAGGAGAGGAUGGUGGUGAGGCGGUCGAGCGCGGUCGUGAGCAGUGGGGUGAGGACGGUGAGGAGGUGGGCGAGGGCGGUGCGGAGGGGUUGGAGUGGGCCCCGGUCGGGGAGAGCAGCGUGGUUUGGAGGUGCGUGAGGUAG